AUGAGAAGCAAAAAAAAGAAAAAGGAAUUCUUGAAUCGAAUACAAUCACUCAUUAAAGAAAAAGUCUGGAAAAAAGCCGCUUUUAAACAAUUUUACGAAAAUUUAUCAUUUACUUAUUUGAUUAUCAUUCAAGAUACAACCACAGCAAUUAGCUUAAUGCGAUUUCUUGUAACUCUUCUCGAAUUGUCUGAUGAGUUUUUCAUCGAAUCACCAACAUGA